AUGGCGCUGCCGGUUCUGAUCGUCCCGCUGCUGCUGCUGCUGCUCCGCGCGCCCGCCGCCACCUCCGCCCACUACUACGAGAUGAUGGGCACGUGCCGGAUGGUGUGCGACCCGUACGCCGCCGUUAAUAAACCGGGGAGCGCGGCGGAAGCGGCGGCUGCAGCGGCGCAGAUCCCCAACGACGUCGUCCUCCCGCCGAUGGCGCAGGGGACACGCGGAGAGCCGGGCCGCCAGGGCAAACCGGGACCCCGGGGCCCGCCGGGGGAGCCGGGACCGCCGGGACCGAGGGGCCCGCCUGGAGAGCGAGGAGUGGCGGACAAAGCUGCGGUUUUUCCCGCGCUGAUCGGAACCGGCGCCGGCGGCGACGACAGUACCAAUAACGGCGACACGGACGCCGCGGGGGGCAACAACGGCAACUCCACGGGCGGCCUGAAGGUGGCGUUCUACGUGGGGCUGAAGAACCCGCACGAGGGCUACGAGGUGCUCAAGUUCGACGACGUGAUCACCAACCUGGGGAACAACUACGACGCCGGCACCGGGAAGUUCACGUGCCACGUGUCCGGGAUCUACUUCUUCACGUACCACGUGCUGAUGCGGGGCGGCGACGGGACCAGCAUGUGGGCCGACCUGUGCAAGAACGGACAGGUCCGUGCCAGCGCCAUCGCGCAGGACGCCGACCAGAACUACGACUACGCCAGCAACAGCGCCGUGCUGCACCUGGACUCCGGGGACGAGGUCUUCGUCAAGCUGGACGGCGGCAAGGCGCACGGCGGCAACAACAACAAGUACAGCACCUUCUCCGGGUUCAUCCUGUACCCGGACUGA